CAAAGUUAUCGUUUUGCUCAGCUUUAAACACUGGCCAUUUUCCAGUUCCAUCUAGUUGAUAUGAAUCAAUCGAACCUUACAGCAGCAGACACAAGAUUUCCAGAUGAUUGCAAUUCUCUUCUACUUGACAUUGCUCAGCUCGAUAACCAGAGGCUUUCCUCUUGAUGAGUCUGAUGACGUGGCAUUCAACGAAGUGGAAGCUGAUCAUGAACUCGGCGAAGGGAUUCCCGUUGACUUUUCUGAACGUGGAAACCAGGAUGAAAUGGCUCAAACCCCUGAUGAUACCGAAGGGAUUAGUCUGGAAUUACCUUCGCAACAAAUUGAAUCGUCUUCGAACUGGCUGUUCAAUGUAUUUAAAUCCCUGCAGAAUCAGAAUCAACUAGCCACAACGGACAAUUUUUCAGGUUUUUCGUCGUUUGCUGGAGGAGAUCUUAUGUCGUUGCUUUUUCCAACCAGAAAAGUAACCUCAAAAUCAGAUUAUGAUGAAAAAUUAAAACCGGAAUUUAGAACUGGUUGGAGCGGACAUGACAAUCGAGGAAUCAAUCAUCAACCAAAUGUUUCUAAAAGACGGUUUGGUUUAUUCGGAUGGUGAAAGUUUUAUUUUGUCAUAAAUGCUUCAAUUAGUCAAAUAUUAUCAUCGUCCUGGAAACAUUAAAAACAAUUUAUCCAGAUUAUUAUCAGGUCCGCGUGUUAAUUAAUCCUUGUAAUCAUUUUCUAUUUCGAGCAUUAAUUUUUAGCAUCUACUUCAACUCAGCCAUUCUUGUCCACUCCCCGAGUAGGAUAAAAAAGUUCAUAUAUUGAAGAAUUGUAACA